GAAGAAGCUUGUUUGGGAAGAAGUAGAUGGAGACGAAAAAGAGAGAGAGUCGGCAGAAGCUGGUGAAACUAAAAGACGCCACUAACCUAAUCAACCAACACGUUAAUCUCCUUGGUUUCGUUCUUGAACGAAGACAACCCAAGCAAUGCUGCAACAAGGAUUGGUUUUGUACGCUUCAUAUAAUCGACGAUUCCUACCACACUCCUGGCCUUACUGUUAAUGUAUUUAGUAAUAAAUUUGAAGAGCUUCCUCGUACCGAUAACCAGUACGAUCGCAUGAUUCUGUUCAUAAACGUCAAGAUGCAAGCUUAUAAUGGUGGGAGAAACGUAAAUGCUGCCUGUAACAAAAGGGUUUCUUCCUUUGCCUUGUAUAAAAGAGGAACCGGCCAGGAGGAUUUUGUUUGUUACCAAUGCACCUCGAAUUUUCUUGGUGAUGAGAGAUACAAGAGUUCUAUAGACGAGCUAGGCAAAUUGUUUGCUACUAGUGGCUUCUUUGAUCAAGGACAAGCUUUACAGAGUUUAUCUUACAAGACAAAAGCUCAACCUCCAAAGUUUUCAUUUUUGAGAGAGAUUAAUGAAGAAAAACGCUUCAAUCUGGUCUGCAAGAUCCUUCAUGUCAGUGAAGAUAAGAGCACCAUUUUUGUUUGGGAUGGAACUGAUGCACCCCCAGCUUCUAUUAGGUUUAGAGACACGUCAGUUAGCAAUAUCUCAGUUAAUACUCUUCUCUCAAGAGAUAUAUUGCGCAGCUUUCCCACUGUUGGAACCGUAUUGAGAGUCUCUCUAAGUAAUCCUCAGUUUGGUGGUUUUAAACCUGGUGACUGGUUGAAACUGUACCAGUUACUUUGUGUAUUUGAUAAGGGAUCUUGGAUAGGUAAAGUUACAGACUCUACAGCGGUUAGUCUCGCACAAGAUGAUCGCUUAGUAGAAAAGAUUAUGAGGAUUUAUGAUAAAAGAAUAACAUCAAAGAUGGGACACAUUCCGUUUUGGAGUUUUCCAUCUCCUCCUGGAUUAACAGAAAUAGAUGAUGAUGAAGCCCCAUUUGUUACACUCAUGGACAUUAUAACUUUCCCCAAGGUUACAUACAAAUACAGAUGCAUUGUUCGAGUUGUAGCUGCAUUUCCUUCGCAUGUAGAGGAGUUUUCUUCAGACGAGAGUGGUCAUAACCGGGUUUUGUUAACCCUGGAGGACCCAACAGCAACUUUAGAGGCUUUCUUAUGCGGCCAAGACGCAGAGCUCUUUUGGGGCUUAGGGUUUCAGAACACCGAGAUGUUGAGGAAUAAGUGGAACCAGUUGCUUGGAAUAAGAAGGGGAAGCUCAUCUUUCGCUGCAAGAAACCCACCAUGGAUCGAGUGCUGUAUCUUCUCGUAUUAUACCAAUAAAGCUGACCCUUGGAGAACAAGAUCGUACAAAAUAUUUGGCACUCGCCUUCUUGAUUAAGGAGCUAUUUUAGUGGUCAAAUGACUAGAAAGUUGAGGUAUUUAGGCGUUGUAGACCAUGUUAAUAAAUGUAGGGAUGUUCUUGGCUGUUAUGUAGAUCAUAUCACGUGGUUGCAAAUUUGUUUAAGUAGAUAUUGGAUGCAAGGGAUAUGGUCUAUAACAAUGAAUCAAUCUGGUUAGAAAUCAUCGAAUCAGACUUUAUAUCACCG